AGGAGGUGGAGGAGGAGAAGAGAGAGAAGGUGCAGUGCUACACAGGAAGAGUUUGGCCAGGGAUGCGAGUGAGAUUCAGGGCAGAGAGGAGCCAGGUGCUUUUACUCAUCUCCAGGCUGAUCUCUUGAUACAAACACACACACACACACACACACACACAGCCUCGCAUCUAUAGCAGUAAAAUGAAAUGCACAGGUCUGAGCUGUGCUCCGAACGACAGAGCGGAUCUUUGAGGAAACACGGAUGAGAAAGAGGUGUGGGGGAGCCAAGGAAGAGGACCCCGAGUGUGUUUUGCCCGAGGGGGAGCUCUCUCUCUCUCUCUCUCUCUCUCCCACUCUCUCUCUCUCACACACACACACACCAACACAAACUGCAGACAGCAAACACACACUCCAUUGGGCACUUAGCACCGUUUCCCUGACAACUAGAAUGGGCUGCAAUUUGUGCACCUUGCAGAAACGGGAGGAACACUACAAACUGCUGUAUGAGAUCGCACAGGUGAACGGGCGUGACUUCUCCAAGGUCGACCGUGACGAUGCGGUGGUGGAGACUAUCAGACGAGACCCCAUCGUUGUCCAGGUCAUCCGGCGAACCCCCACCAGGGCUGCGCCCGCUGUCGCCCACAACCACAGUGGCGCGCCCGAGGACAUGGGCGCCGUUGACGUCUGCACGCAAACAGACAUCACCUUCGAGCACAUCAUGGCACUGGCCAAGCUUCGGCCCGCUACUCCGCCCGUCCCCGACAUCUGUCCCUUCCUUUUGUCUGACAGCUGUCAUUCCAUCCACACCAUGGAGCACGAAUUUUAUGAAUGUCCUGAAUAUCUGUCGAACACCCCAGCAGAGGUGGAGAGGACUGAAGAGUUCGUGUAUGAGGAGGUGGAGCUGUGUCGGCAGAACAGCCUGGAGAAGCUGGGCCUGACACUGUGCUACAGGACCGAUGAUGAGGAGGACACGAGCAUCUAUGUCAGCCAGGUGGAGCCAAACAGCAUAGCAGCGAGGAAUGGACGCAUCAAAGAAGGAGAUCGUAUUUUGCAGAUAAAUGGCUGCGAGGUACAAGACCGAGAGAAAGCUGUUGCCCUGUUGUCAAGUGAAGAAGCAAGGAGCAUCAUACUGCUGGUGACGAGACCUGAAAUCCAGCUGGAGGACGAGGUCUGGCUAGAUGACGAGCAGCAGGAGCUGGUGCUGGAGCUUGAGGAAAGGCAGACGAAGAAGAAGAAGAAGGAACAUAGCUUUGACAGAGGAGAUGAACAUCAGGCUGAAGAGGAUAUGACAACAGACACCGCUACCUGUUCCUCCAACAAUCAAGACAGUGGCUUUGGACGUAGUACAGACAGUCCCGAGCACCAGCCUCUGCUGGCCAGACUUCACAGGAGAAGUCCGGCCCGUUGCCUCAGGGACCGAUGGCUGGCGGAGCAUCCGCACACACGGCACCCGAAUGCGGUGCCACAGGACACUCUGUCCACAGGUCAAAGCCAUGAGGGGGGAGUUAGUAUUCGCAACAGUGGGGGUGGGGUCCUCGGCUUAGAGAAUUGCUUCCAGCAACUGCUGGAGCUCAAGUGUCAAAUCCGAAAUGGAGGCGAGUGCGGGGUGUACUCCAUUCGACACAGCAUAGAGUGCAGCCUCACCGAGCAAGGUGAAGGGGAUGGCGAUGGUGUGGAUAGUGAGGAAGGUGGUAGUGGGGUAGAACACGAGUUGAGGAUGCUUAACGAGGAACUGCGAAGUAUUGAGCUGGAGUGCCAGAGCAUCAUGCAGGCGCAUCAGCUCCGCAAGACCCACAACCUAGACUCACCAGGAUGGAGCCCCAAAGAUGGACCCAAGCGACACAGCCGGCUUGCCGACAUUUAUGAACACCCGGAGAGGUUGGACAGUGAUAAGAUCAGAGAGAAGGACAGCUCCAGUGCCUACAACACAGCAGAGAGUGCGCGGUCGACACCGCUUGGUUUGGAGAGAUCUCCGGACCACUCUUUACAGAGACACAUCGCUAUCACCAACCAGAAAAACCUCAGACUCGCAUCUUCCACACCCUCCAGCCCCAUCACUAUCCCCAAACCCCACGGUACACCUAGUUGUAGCAGACCAGCAGAUCCAAGCCCUGUUAUCUCCAGCAGCCCAGACCAGAGCAACCCCUCGAGGUCUGAGUCAGACCCUGCCUUGCCUGCAGAUGAUGAAAGGUGUGAGAAGAAAGGCCGGACUCGGGAUUCCAGGAGAAGGCUUCCCUAUGGGUGUUCCUAUCAAACAACACCUUAUCAAGGCCAAGGUGGAUCCAGGCAACUCCAGAGCUACAUGCAGCUGCUACAGCAGCACUCAUCCCUGGAGUAUUCCCAGAGCCAGCUGAGUCUGGUCAGCGUCUGUCGAGAUCCCGUGCACCGGAGCGGCCGACCCGGGGAACCGCGUCUCGAGUGGAAGGUCAAAGUUCGUGCAGACGGCACGCGCUACGUGGCCCGCAGGCCUGCCCGUGACCGCAUCCUGAGGGAGCGGGCGCUUAGAAUUCGGGAGGAGAGGAGCGGUGGCAUGACCACGGACGACGAUGCCAUGAGUGAGAUGAAGAUGGGCCGCUACUGGAGCAAAGAAGAGCGGAAGCAGCACUUGGCGCGGGCCAGGGAGCAAAGGAAGAGGAGGGAGUUCAUGCAGAAGAGUCGCCUAGACUGCCUGAAGGAGGGGCCAGCCAGCGGAGCUGAAGGCAGGAAGGAGAUUAACAUCUUAGAGCUCAGUCACAAGAAGAUGAUGAAGAAACGAAACAAAAAGAUCCUUGACAACUGGAUGACCAUCCAGGAGUUGAUGAGCCAUGGAGCCAGAGUACCUGAAGGCUCCAAAGUACACAAUGCCUUUCUGUCUGUCACAACUGUCUAAUAUCAGGUAGCCUGCAAUUCAGGAUCUACUGAGUUGUUUAAAAAAAGAAGGUGUUUGUUUGUUAAGUUUAAAAAAUUAUCACUACUGAGGACUUUGUAGCAUUUCUGAAGAAAACUGUAAAAUUGAAAAAAACUCUUUUCCUGCAUUUUCAGAUGACAUCCGCCAUGUUUUUACACUGACGUUUUGGUUAUGCACUGGCUUCCGAUCGCGAACAAGUUUAGUAGCACGUCGGUUCAAACCGAUAGAAACAAAAAAACGGACCAACAUUUUAACGUUAUGCAUACUUUGUACUGUGUCUUCAUGCUGUCCAUUCCUCUGUUUCCUUACACAUGAAGUGACUUCGCUUGCCUCGUUCAAGGUGGCAUUUUUUAUAAUGGGGGAAAAAAAAUACAAUAUUUUUCACGCUUUAUAAAUUCAGUAACUUUUUGUAGAGGGAUUUUUUUACACCAAAUGUCAAUGUCCUGUAAACAUUUUAUUGUAAUGUCCUAUUUAUGUCUGUAGCUCCGAUCCGUCAAGGUCAGUUAGAGUUGACACUAUUUGAUUGAACUCUGCUUUGCUCUGUCGUCGACCACAGAGAAAUUAACUUCGAAAAAGUCCCUGGAGGACAAUUAACAUUAAAUUAAUACUUUUAAUGGCUUCAUAAUGACACUUGUCUUAAAUUAUUUGAGCACUCAAGUGAAAAGAGAGACAAUUUCAACAUGAUAUCAUACCUCAAAAUUACAGUCACAAAUCUAAUCUGUCAAAUGAAGAACCACUUUUAGCCUGAGUUGACCUUUUUAGACCUUAAUAUUUGCAAAUAAUGUUAUAAAUGUGAGAUAUAUAAUCAUAUUUAUAUUGUCUACUGUUAUUUUUAUUUAUGGUAAAUUAAUUUUUAUGGUCUAUCUGAUAAAUGUUUCACAAUACGUGGCUAUCAUAUUGCAGCCUUUUUAACCCAAACAUGCUGCUUUCCACUCUCGCCUUGCUGGAGGCCCUGACUCCAGUA